AUGAGGCUGAGCGGUGCCGCGCUAAGACUACGAAAGCGCGGUGUUUACAAAACAAAACCCCUCGAUCGGGUCAUUUACGGAUCUGACAAGGCUGGGAAGCAUCUUCAACCACCGCGGGUAGCCCCGGUCGCGCCGAACGCGCAUUUCUCGCGAUCCGGGGCGCUGGAGGAGACCUACAAUCGAGCAUCUACAGUAAAGGAAGUUGAUCUGGCGCAACAGCCGCGUGGAAGACCCGCAUAUGGCGGAACUUAUACGCCACAGGGACAGACGGUGCCACUAUACAUUCCAAAAUACAACGAGGGCUCUCCGACGGAUCAUUACAAACUCGUUCAACUCGGCGAUAGCUCGGAUGUGAUCGGUCAGUACGACGAGAACAUGACCAGAGCGAUAAGAAAAAUGACCAAAUGGUGGAAGGACAACUGGGCGAGCCUGGAUCUUAUUGAUCCGAAGAAAUGGGCGUUGUUUCCAGGCGAUGUGGUCAAGGUCGUCAAUCCAUCUCACCCGGACUACAGACGAUUCGGAAUCGUGAAAAAUAUUUACAUGCCACAUGGCCUCGUCUGGGUCGAUGGGCUCAAUUCCACGCACAGCCAAGGUCAGUCCGACCGAACGCUGAACUUUUCGCUCUACGAAAGAACGCAGAUCACAGAAGCUCGAGCAGCGACGAUUCCCUUCAAUUAUAGAGAUGUCAAAUAUUUGAAGCAUGGCCGGAGUCUCAUAAAUGUGAUCGGCCCGCUGUCACAGAAGAAUAUCAUGAAGGACGAUAUUCCAGAUGUGCUGAAUGACAAGUUUCAGGAUACGAUGCUGAGUCAUUCUGCUUGGGAAAGCAAUAAAGGGGAUGACACCAGAAGCCACAGAGAGUACAUUCUAGAUACAUUGGAGGAAAACGGUCUUUUGGAAACAUUAGAUCUCGUUAUGAAUUAUGGCAAUUUCUCGUUGAAGAACUUUGAAAAUAUGGACUGGCAAGAUCUGCAGGCUGAGCGAACAUGCCGCGAAUCACAGCUGCCGGUCAGUUUGCCGAUCAAGAAGAAUUUGACGGGUUCGAUUGAUCCGAGUAGAGAUGGAAAAGGAAACAGCUUAGAGAUGGGCUUCGACGAUCUCGACAGCGUGAUUGAUUACAGCGCGGAGCUGGAAGAAGACAGAACUUUUGAGGAAGAAAUUAGGGAAAAAUUUAAUAUUCCACUCGAUAAUGUGCCUAAAUUCUAUUACCGCCAAAAAAUGUCUAAGCAGCAGAUUCUCCCUUCCAACACUUUGAACUCCCUGGAGCUCACUCUUCCAGGACAGAACACUGCCGGUAAGGCUCUCCAUCCUCUUCAGCAGGCGCCAAAGACCUUGGCGGAAAUGGAAGAUGCUGCCAUGUUCAAUCGUGCUCUUCAAGUUGGAGGACGCGGUUUUGCCAUGGGCUUGAAAAUGGAGCGGCUUCAGUCUGUCCGCCCCAAGGUCCCCGGCCGAUCUCUUCGAACUCUCGGAGGAGAUGUCCUCUCAGGUCGCCUCGAUGACUUGCAAAUGGAAGAUUACAUUGGCGAAGUCGAAGGCUGCGAGCGCCUUUUCACUCACGCGUACCCCAUGUAA